CCACACUGCCCCAGCACAGCUGGGUUUCCUCAGACUUCCAAGCAAGUUUGUAGGCACAGACAGAAGUGCAGAAAACAGUGGCAACAAACAGGGAGCAUCUCAGUCAUAUCUUAAGUGGAAAAGGAUAAUAAUCAUCAUAGUAUGACUUGGACAGCUUGUGGUCUCUGUGGCAGGGCAUGGGGAAUGCGUGGUUCUAGAGUUGGGUUUGCAGCUCUGGGGUUUGGAGUUUGCUUUAUCACAGUGCAGAUACUUAUUGGUAGCUGUUUCUGUGUAGUUGUUUUUCUUGCUUGCUAAUGGUGCUAUGAAAUGAGUCUUGUAUGCUACUAAUGUUGAAGAUCACUGCCUGUGCUAUACAGAGGCUGGUAUCUAUUCACGCUGCUAGAAAUGAGCAGGCAAACACUGUGAGACACAGUGCUGCCCUCAGCUCCAUUCCACCGUUAGCUAAACCAUGGAGAACGUCAUGCAGGCAUACUUGGCCAGCAUUGCAUGUUUGUUUAUGAAAAUUCUGUUAAUCUCUGCAAAGAGGUGGACUAUCAGUAAGGGGUGCAAAUAGAAUUGCUGUCCUCUUCCUUCUAUUUUGUCACAAUUACAGCUUGUGUUGGCCAAGCACUGAGGAAACGGUUCUGAAGUUCUUGAAGCAAUAGAAAAUGUUAUUCUAGAUGUGCUUAAAAGUCUGGCCAAAAAAAAAGCACCUGUUCUCACACUGGCUAAUAGAUCAGAUUGGAGGAAUAUAGAAUUCAAAGAUUCUGUAGGUCUACAAAUGAUACCACAUUCUUCUACAAAACAAAUAAGAAGUGACUGCCCUGCAACAGCACCGAAGUUUGCUAUGAUGCUCAAAAUAUUAUCCAUGAUCUAUAAGAUGGUGCAGAGCAAUUCUUAUGCAACUAAAAGAGAUAUAUACUACUCAGAUAAGCUCCUGUUUGGUAGCCAGAGAGUUGUGGACAAUUUAAUCAAUGAAAUCUCUUGCAUGCUCCAGAUACCUCGAAGAAGUCUGCAUAUACUGUCUACAACUAGAGGUUUUGUUGCCGGUAAUUUAAGUUACACUGAGGAAGAUGGUACAAAAGUGAAUUGUACCUGUGGCGCAACAGCAGUUACCGUGCCAUCUAACGUUCAAGGAAUUAAAAAUUUAUACUCACAUGCCAAAUUUAUAUUAAUUGUAGAAAAAGAUGCAACUUUCCAGAGACUCCUGGAUGAUGAGUUCUGCAUUAAAUUGGCCCCAUGCAUAAUGAUUACGGGAAGAGGUAUACCAGAUCUUAACACACGACUUCUGGUCAGAAAGCUGUGGGAUACGUUUCAAAUUCCUAUUUUCACUCUUAUGGAUGCAGAUCCACACGGUGUGGAAAUAAUGUGUAUCUACAAAUAUGGAUCUGUGUCAAUGUCUUUUGAGGCUCACCAGCUCACCGUUCCAUGCAUAAAGUGGCUUGGUCUCCUUCCAUCCGACAUCAAGAGAUUAAAUAUACGGAAAGAUGUCCUGAUUCCAUUUACAAAGCAAGAUCAAAAUAAGUUAGCAAGUCUACAGAAGAGACCUUACAUUGCUUGUCAGCCAGUGUGGAAAAAAGAACUGGAAAUUAUGGCAGCAUCUAAAAUGAAGGCUGAAAUCCAAGUUCUAACUUCUCUUUCAUCAGAUUAUCUUUCCAGAGUGUAUUUACCAAACAAAUUGCAAUUUUGUGGAUGGAUAUGAAUGCCUGUUUGCAAAUGAGCUGUUUUUCUCCAUACUGAUUUGUUUUCUUGACUGCUCUUAGAGAAAAACAGAGAAAUAAAGGAGUGUGGAUCAGCA